GGCUUAUCAUUCUGUGUGCAACCGGCCAGCGGCCACAGUUCAUAAGUGACGCGUAUGGUGAUAACGAGGCGUCGUGAACGUGAUCUCAUUUAACCUAAAUUAUUGAGCACGUAACAUGUGCAUAAGAUACAGUUAGUACAAUUCGUGGUAACUUUUUUUUUACAAAUUUUUGUAUUACGUCUAUCAAUGUAAUUUAUUUGAAACCAUACAGUAUUCGUACAGCAACCUCAUAUAGAAUUUUCUAGUAUUUGUGAAUACUCAACAACCAUGAAGAAUCAACAUGCAGAGAACACGCCAGCAAAAAUACAGGAUCUGAGAAGUUUUGAGUUCUUGAAUCGGAUCAAGAAGACCUUAUAUUACCCUGCAGUACCUGUGAAUAAUUACUUGUCUUUGUCAGUUAUAGAAAGGACAUCAGAGUUCUUCACAGAAUCAAGUAAUCAUCAAUUAGAAAAACUUGAUGUGGAAGUAGCAAGUAGGAUAUCUAAUGCGAUAUGUGCUUCCCCAUGUGCACUUGUGCUGGCUAUGCUGUACAUUCAAAGACUGAAAAACUGUAAUUCUAAAUAUCUUCAGGAAGUAGCACCAUUAGAGCUAUUUUUGAUAUCCUUGAUGGUGGCUAGUAAAUAUCUACAUGAUGACGGUUCGGAAGACGAAGUCGUGGACGCAGCAUGGGCAAUUGCAGGAAGGAUAACUUUAUCUAGAACAAUUCAACUAGAAAUGGACUUUCUUAAAGCAGUCAAUUGGAUGGUGUCUAUACGGGAAGAAACAUUUUGGGAAAGACUACGACAACUGGAGAAAGAAGUAGCUUAUCGGGAAGUGCAGAAGCGAAGUUGGUGUUCAUAUACAGAGUUGUAUUAUCUCAUGGAUUCCAGGCAGCUGAUCACAAUUGCGAGCUCCGUUACAUUAGUCUGCUGUACCUGUCUGAUGGCCUAUAUAGUUUGUGUUAUGAUCAUGUUCGGAAGCACUUUCGUCCUUCAAAUAGUCACUUUAUACGGAAUUUGGUUUAUCCAGAUGUGGCAGAUCGUGAGCCUAAACGAAACAAACAUUAUGUCAUGUGGAAAUAGUUUGUCGAACGCACUCAUUAAUGCGCCUUAUACGUUGAGCGAUGAGCAUGCUUGUUCCUUCGACGACUACGAAGAUGCGAACGAUAUUGUUGCAAAAAUUCAAAAUGAAAGCGAAUAUUUUGUCGAUGACACUAACAACAACGAUAACAGCAAUGCCAGUUGGCAAUGGUGGUUGAACUCGACGAUGACUUGGUUGAUAGAGUAUUCCGACUCAAAGAACCUCACAAAUCAGGUCACCAAGUUUGAUGAUACUAGGUCAAUUUCCAAUGGCGCAAGAUUUUUGCUCCAUACGACGCAAAACAACAGGAUAAGAUAUAUGGAGAAUUUUAUGUUGUAUUGCAAGAAAGUGCUGUAUUCUAUUCUGAAUCGGCUGACGACACAUUGGAUAGGAUUAAACAAUUUACGUCACAGAAUUUUCUCGCAAUCGGUUAAUAGUAUUGAUCUUCUAGUUCAAAGUCGGCGGUUCGACCGUUAGACAAAGCCUUUCGGGGAAAAGAUUUAGGUACGGAUACGUAUACGUGUGCGCGUGCCCGUGGUAAACCUAUAAUGUAUAAAUAUAUAUAUUUUUAUACCGACUUUUUAUGCAACAUUCGAUGCCAAUAGACGCGUUUUUUCAUUAUUUAUCUUGUAUCGAAUAUUUAUAAUAUAUAUAUUUAUAACAACGUUGUUAUUAGUUUAUGUCAAACCAGAUUUCCCCUAAUUGUUGAAAAAACUGGCUAUUAAUAAUCAUAAUUAUUACAUAAACUCUGUUCAAUACAUUCUAUACAUUUAUACAUUAAAUACAUUCACGUAAUUGAAGUAAGUCAUGUUAUUGCAACAGUUAAAAAUGAAAAAUCCAGAGGACUUUGUAAUAAAGCGCUUAUUGCAGGUGCAGGACGGUUGCGGUCCUCUUACGUGUGAAUUGAUUAAUCAUCGUUUCCUAGUUCUUGAAUGUAACGUCCACUACCCUUCUCUCUUUUUUAGACAAUUCAGCUACCAUUACGAAAAAGCGCGGCUAUCGGUAUAGGCGUCAUACCAAGGAGACAUCCGAUUGUAACUCCAAUGACUCGACCCUGUACAUUAAAUAGAAAAAAUUAAUAUGACUCUGUUAAUAUUAUUAUGUACAACUUCCGUAAAUAUAUUAAAUUCGAUGCAGUACAAAUUCAAUAUACAAAUUUAUUGAAUAUUA